UGUAUAUAUAUAUAUAUAUAUAUAUAUGAGACAUGAAGUAAAGAAACAAAGCAAGAUCCAUCAAUCCCAGAUUGUGUUUAUCUCCUAAUUCCAAAAUCAUGAAGUCGCAUAACGUUGUAGCAAUAGCUGCAGCAUUUGUGGUUUUUUUACUUGCUGUUCAAGCUUCAGAGGCUGCAAUCUCAUGCAGCGAUGUAAUCAGCAACCUGAGACCUUGCGUGAGCUAUCUUGUUAAUGGGUCCGGGAAGCCUCCUCCUGCUUGUUGUUCUGGUGUCUCAGCUGUUGCUUCUGCUGCAUCAACUUCCGCAGACAAGAAGACUGCUUGUAACUGCAUUAAAUCAGCUGCCAAGAACGUUAAUCUGAAUCCUCAGUUGGCUCAGGCUCUUCCUGGAAACUGCGGAGUCAACUUGCCUUUCCCUGUUUCUCCCAACACUGAUUGCUCCAAGAUUGGUUGAAAGUCGAUAUACUGGAAAGCAUAUAUAUUGGAGCUAAGGUUAAUCGAGCAAAAUAUGAUCCGUCUAGUACUACUACUAUAGCACUAAGUUGUGCGGAGACUAAUAAUGUUAUUUGUAAUCUGUUUGGUAAUCAUUGUAGCGUGUGUUUUUUGGGAUACCAAUCCAGCUUUAUUAGGUAUCGAUGGGAUACCACUCCAGCUUUAUUAGCUAUCGAAUAAAGAUUUUGUUUUCCAUUCAGGUGGAAAACAGCGUGUAAUGGUAACCUUGUGUGUUCCAGUUAGUAUAAAUAUGCAUCAGGAUUUACUCUUAA